AUGCAAAGAGACCAAGAGAGUUUGUACGAGUAUUGGUCUCAGUUCAAGAGGCUAUUGGAAUCUUAUCCACACCAUGGAAUGAACACUCACUUGCUCAUUAGCUACUUCACCGGAGGUCUUUGUGUGGAAGAUAAAAGAUUGCUCACCGCUUCUAGUGGUGGUUCCCUUUCGAAAAACAAGACGGAGGGAGAAGCUUGGAAUUUGAUAAAGGAUGUUGCCGAAGCUACACAACAUACAAGGGUGAGAAGUAAUCCUCUCAAGGGUGUGGUAGAACCGUCCCCUUCCGAAUCAAGCCUAACCAAAGCACUUGGGGAUAUGACCACCAUCCUCACGCAAAUACAAAAGGAUCAAAAGGAAUUCUACUCCAUCCAAGCCAUCCAAGCUCCACCUCCGGUUGCUCAACUUGAAGGCCUUCCUAGGAUUUGCGGUUUGUGCUAUAGCACUACAAAUUACACCGAUCAAUGCCAUCAAAUUCAAGAGGAACAUGCCCUUGUAGUGGCCAAUGUGAAUUACAACAACCGUCCACCCUAUCCUUCUCAAGGCCAAAACAACUACCCUCAUGGUAGUAAUCAACAUCAAGGGUGGAGGGAUAAUGCACAAGGGAGCAAUCAAUACCAAAGAUGGAACAACUCUUCUUCUCAUCACAACAACAACCAAUCUUCAUCUCAAUACCACCAUAACAACACCAACUACCAAGCCAACCAAAAUCACUCCAACCAAAACCAAAACAACUACACCAAGUACCAAGCACCACACUAUAGACAACAAUCCAACCGAACCUCUCCAUCUCCCACCAAUCAAGUUGACGAGCUUAGAGCCGCUAUGGAGAAACGAGAUGAGAGCAACAAGGCUCAAUUUGAUGCCUUGGGCGCUCAAUUGGCUAACCUCACCAACAUGCUUUCGAAGAUGGUCAUGUCAAACCAACCCCCCACCUCCAACAACAACACCAACCAACUCUCAAGCUCUUCUAACCUUCCAUCCUAA